CAUGCAAGAAAAAUCAAUUUAUAUUUUUAUAAAAUGCAAAAGGUAUCAAUAUAAAAUUUGAUAAGCAAUUGAUUAGACCAGAUUAUUGACAGAAACAUUACCUAUUGAAAAAUAUGGAUAGUACUUCUACUAACGAUAAUUGUAUGGAAGAUAGAAGGCUUUGGAUUGGAAACCUGGAUCCCAAGGUUACUGAGUAUCAACUUUUGAAACUUGUGCAAAAACAUGGUACCAUUGAAAAGUUUGACUUAAUUUUACACCGUAAUGGGCCAUUAGCUGGACAACCAAGGGGAUACGCAUUUGUUACAUAUAAACAAAAAGAAAAUGCCUUUGCUGCGAAAGAAUUGUUGAAUAAUCAAUUAGUUGGACAGAAAAACAUCUCUGUCACAUGGGCCUAUAGCGUUAACAAUGAGGAAGUAGAAAAACCCAAAGAAAAUAUAAUCAUACCAGCCCUAGCUAUGUCAUUAGCUGGUCAAAAAACUGAUAGAAUAUCGCAAAUUCAAGCUAUAGAAGCGAAAUUGAAAUUGAUGGAGAAGAAAAAUGAAGAUGAAUUGAAAAUUAACGACACAGUCGCAACAAAACCUCCAGUAAUUCUACAAUAUCAACAUAAAAUUUUAAAUGGUGUCAAUACCAUAAGCUCGAAUAUUAGUAGUAACAAACACCUUAUGAAAAAAAGAGACAGGUUUCAAAAACCUUAUGCAAAAAAUAAAUUUGGAAAAUAACUCAUAUUUUUUAUAUAUAGUAUGUUGUUAAAAUAACAGUGAGAGUUAAAUAUGUACAUUUUUUCUGAAAUGAUUAUGUUAAUGAGUACAAUUGUCUAAAAAAAGUCUCAGAAACUGUCUUAAAUAUUGCUUCAAUACAGGUUGGAUCAAUAGUAGAGAAUCUCAUAUUAUUUUAACUAAAAAAAAUGUUUUUCAACUCAUGUACAGGAUUAUUUAUGAUACUUUACUUAUCCUCGAUAAUAAUGCCUGUUGAAAAAAAUGGAUUUAACAAAAAGUUAAAUUUAUAUACUGAGUGUAAAAGAAACAGAGUAUUAUAGUAGGUCUAAUUUUGGAUUUUUUGGUAUAACCUCCAGUUUCACUAGAAACAAUAUGUAAAUUAGAAAUUCUAUAUGAAUAUAUAUACAUUUUUGAAAUUUUGUUCCUUUUUGAGAAAAAUUUUAUAACUAGGGGAGGGCUUAUUUGGCUGGUUCUCAUGAUCGUCCUAGCUACAGGCGUUGCUGACUUUGAAGCAAGUGUCUUUUACUAGUUGCAAAGGAUGUGUUUCAUGAAAAAUUCCAAAAAGACUAGUACAACUACUUGGAGAAACAAAUUUAUUCUUGAAAAAUCAGUAAUUUUGCCACCACUCCGGUAAAUGGCAGCAUAUUGCAAAUUAUCAUGGUACAAUUUUUGUUUUCUAAUUGAUGCAAAGUAGAAGAAAUAAUUUAAAUGUAGAGCUUUCUCAGAAAAAAAAUUUAUUUUUUAAUACUUACGGAGUAACUGAUGGAUUUGGGGUCAGUAUAUUGUGCAAAUGAAGGCUUUCUCAGAAAAAAAUGCAUUUUUUUAAUACCUAUGGUGCAACUAUUUGAAUAUAGAAUCAAAAUAUUGUGCAAAUAAUGGCCUUCUCAGAAAAAAAUGCAUUUUUUAAAACUUAUGGAGUAAAACUAUGGUACAACUAUUUGAAUAUGGGGUCAGUUCAAUUGUCCGAAAUUGUGUACUACCAGAAAAUCUUGCAAUUACACUUCCUGAGAUACAUUUCAAUAACCAAAUUAUCCUCAUCAAGGAACAGAAGGUGAACUGAUUAACAGUUAAUUUUUCUAACAAGCUCUCUAGCUGUAACAGGCAUUAUUAUAUCGGUCGAUCCAUAAUUUUUCUUUUAAAAAAAUUGUAUCUACCCAUCAAUUAAAACUUAUUAGUAUUCGGAAUUCCGAAUAUUAAUGCUGUAUAACAUUUAAAGUGGCGUGAACCAAAAAAAUUGUUUCAGAAUUUAUUAGAACAAACGAGUUAUUUAUAUCUAGUAUUUAUAUUUCAAAAGUACAAAGGAAUGUUUGUGUUUGUCAAAAAAAGUUGUAUUUUAAUCAUUACCUAUUGAAAAA